CUGCUGCUGUCAUUUACAAGGCAGAGAAGUGGGUGUUGACAGUUGUUGACAUUGCCCAGAAAGAGCGCUAUAAAAGUUCUCAACUGUCACAGUGAUAUGGCUGUAUAUUCAACCGCUUCAAAUACACGUCUUCAGCCGGACAGUUGAAAAUACAGAACCGUCAGAUGACUGUGCACUUCGGCUUAUUUUGUGGAAGUGAUUGUGGGUUAUCAGUAUGACUCGCGAUAUCAUUCUUGGAGAUGAGCUACCUGACUGGAUUGGGGCGAAAGAGUUUUAUCAGAAGUAUGAUCCCAAAGAGGUGAUUGGCAGAGGUGUGAGCAGUGUGGUGCGCAGAUGUGUCCACAAACACACAGGGCAGGAGUUUGCAGUGAAGAUCAUUGAGAUCACUGCAGAGAAAAUGAACGAACAGCAGUUAGAGGAGGUGAAGAGCUCCACGCUGAAGGAGAUCCAUGUACUUACUGUGGUGAAGGGCCACCCAUCCAUCAUCACACUUAUUGAUUCUUAUGAGUCAACAACCUUCAUAUUUUUGGUAUUUGACCUCAUGAGGAGAGGAGAACUAUUUGAUUACUUGACUGAAAAAGUCACUCUCAGUGAAAAGGAAACCAGGAGUAUGAUGCGUGCUCUUCUGGAGGCUGUCCAGUAUCUACAUUCUCGAAAUAUUGUACAUCGUGACCUCAAACCUGAAAACGUGCUGCUAGACGACCAGGGACACAUCAAACUUUCGGACUUUGGCUUUUCCGUCCAGCUGGGGCCUAAUGAAAAACUAAGAGAGUUGUGUGGAACACCAGGAUAUCUGGCACCAGAGAUUCUGAAGUGCUCCAUGGAUGAGACACAUGAAGGAUAUGGGAAGGAAGUUGACCUGUGGGCUUGUGGUGUGAUCCUGUUCACCCUUCUUGCUGGGUCUCCACCAUUUUGGCAUCGCAAACAGCUGCUGAUGCUGAGAAUGAUUAUGGAAGGCCGGUACCAGUUUAGUUCUCCAGAGUGGGAUGACCGGUCUGACACCGUCAAAGACUUGAUCUCAAGGCUUUUAGUGCUGGAACCCACACUUCGCCUCACGGCCGAGCAAGCUUUAGCUCAUCCUUUUUUCCGUCAGUACCAAAAGGAGGAUGUGCGGAUCUUUAGCCCCCGGAAAACAUUUAAGGCCCUGAUCUUGACGGUGUUAGCUUGUAUACGAAUGCACUGCCGCUACUACCGAGCCAGACCAUUAACAAAAGAACUCCUAGCAAGAGACCCUUAUUCCAUCCGCGGUGUGCGCAAGCUCAUUGACGGCUGCGCUUUCCGUAUAUAUGGACACUGGGUCAAGAAAGGGGAGCAACAGAAUCGAGCUGCUCUGUUCCAGAACACUGCUAAAAUCAUUGUACUUGGUGUUGAAGACUUUGAAAACUAAAGGUCAUGUUUUUCCCGUAUGUUCCCUCAUCUGUCCAUUUACAGUUUGAUUGUUGUUGUUUUUUUGUGGUUUUAGCCUGCCUGUCAAAAAGGAACACAAAACACAGCUGUUUGAUUCUUAUAGAUGAUUUUCCUUUGUCUUCAAAGAGGGAUGGUGCUUUUUGAUUUUAACAGAAUUUUAACCUCAUUUUAACCCCUCGCUGUGGAUUUUUAUUUUUUAAAUGUAUGGUUUUAUAUGGACCAGCUUGAUAUGAAGAGAUACGUUUUUUUUUUUUUUGUGACUAGGAUUUACAAUUGAUAAGAUUGGACAAAGCUUGUUUCCUAGUCAAGCUCUUUAGCCUUUUUCUGUUAUUGACACAAAGCAGAUUGUAUUUGAAUUUAUUAAUACUGUUAUGCUUUGACAACAAUUCCAGGUUGUUGAGGCCUAAACCAUAGAUGAACAGGGAACAUUUAACAGGAUUUUAAGACUUUCCAUACAAAGGAUAACAUACUUGAAACAUCACAUUACUACUGAGAGUUGUUUUAAAAUCCUUACAAAAUUGUUUGUACAGGUUUUAUUACUUUUUAACCUCUACAUAUGUUUUACCACUUUCUUUUUAUUACAGUUGACUAGACGUUAUUCAUUCAUCAUCAAGGUACUGUAUUAAAUCUAAACAAGUAUACAUAUAUGAAUUAUAUAAUUACUGUAUUUUAUAUGUUUUUACUUUUGAAAUGAGUGGUUUCAAAACUAAACUAAACAUGUGAAACAUAUUUUCUUACUACUUAACUUGAAUCUUGGCCUCCAGUUUACUAAUGAUAUCAUUAAGUUGAUCAGCACUGUCCUGCAGACGUUUUUGUAGCUGAUCAGUCAAGCGCAUCACUUCAUCCCUCACUUCUUUUUGAACUAUGGACCUAAGUUCAGACUUUGAAGACCCUUGUGGAAAAAAAAAUCACACAUAAACAUAUUUUUAUUUUAUUUUUGGUAUGCAGUAUUACAUAUUAGAGCAUGCAGUCUGGUAUAAAUAUGUAAUCCCUAUUUAAACUUUUUUUUUCCCAAAAAAAUAAUUAGGUGUACAAAGGGCACAAAGGUAUAAUUCCACUGAAACAUUUAAAUGUUGCCUUUAAAAAAAAACUAUUUUAUAUAAACAAAUAAUAACUAAAAUAUUACCUUAUGACGAAAUGAACAUUGAGAUUUAGAAAAGCUUUAUAAGGGUUUUUCGCUGUUCACCUUAAUUAAUAUACUUAACUAAUGUUAACAAAUGGAACAUUAUUGCAAAGUGUUAUCUAAUCAUUUGUCAAGUGGGAGGAGAAAUGGAUAAACUUAUACACUGAUUUGUAACAGAAAUAUAUAUUUAGAGCAUAUGCCUUAUUUAUGCGUGGUGGUUUGUUUUUUGAGUUGCAUUAUGUACUUAAGAAAUUAAAUUAAACCAGUUGAAUUAAAAUAUACUAGAAUAUGUAA